CCCAGCAGCAAACAAACAAAAAAGCAGAACUAAAACAUCUUCUUUUUCUUUUCGGGUCUCGGUUCUUUGCUAUCUAUUUAUAAAUAGUGAAUACUCACGGAAAAACCGAUCACAUAUAAGGCCAUGACUUUCUUUUGAAUCUUAACCAUCCCCUUUUGUUCAAAAUUAUUCCCUUGCCUCCCAAGAAACUAUGCAUCCCUCGUUAUCUCUCUUUCAUCGAUUUUUUUCACGUACGAAGCAAGAGAAUGAAGAGCCGGAGCAGAAACUUAGUCACCCUGAGUUUGAUGAUAAUUACGGUUUUAUCAUGGAUGAAGAUUGUGUCUGGACAAGAAGCCCUAUUAGGAAAGAAAGUAUUGCCGUUAUGCCAUAGAGAAUGUAUGCCAAUAUGCAUGAAAGUGACCGAAGCAACGCAAGAAAUUUGUGUGGGUGCAUGCCAAGCCGGUUGUGUCCAGCUUCAAGGUCGAGGCACCGGACUUUCAGCCACCGAUCAAGGAGUCGAUAUGGUCAUCGCAUAG